CUGUUCCGUGUGUUGUAGGGGAGUGGAGUCACUGGAGUGGCUGUGCAGAACAAUGUCAUCCUGGUCUGCGGAUACGUAGGCGCUAUGUACAGCAGGAACCUAAAAAUGGUGGAGAACCUUGUCCUGCCCUGGAGGAGAAGGCUGGCUGCCUGGAAUACCUGACAUACCAGGGGGAGGACUGCGGCCAUGAACAUGUCUCUGCUUUCAUAACUACCUCUGAGUAUGGUAAAGAAAGGAAACGACGAGCAGCAUCUUCUCCCUGGCUUUCAGACAAAGAUGAAGCUGGGUACUGUGUGGAAUUUAAAACAGAAUCACUUUCACACCACUGUGCUCUGGAGAAUCGUCCGUACGCACGCUGGAUGCAGUACCUACGUGAGGGACACACGGUGUGUGUGGCCUGUCAGCCUCCAGCCAUGAACACUGACACGCGCCGCUGUUCUGGGGAUGGCCACAGUGCAGAUGGAAGUAAAAUCUUACACUGGGAAGCAGUUGGCAACUCUCAGUGCCAAGGAACCUGGAAGAAGAUUAGACAACUGGAACACUGUUCAUGUCCCCUGGUGCAUAGCUUUAUUUUUACAUAA